UAGCCAAUAUAAAAGAGGUUUUUGGAUGGUGGUCCUCAGUCAUACUACUCCUGACAAGCAAGAUGAAGUUCCUCGUGAUACUCUUCUCCCUGAACGUCCUAACAUGGGCUCAAGGAGUUCCAGAGUGCGACUGUGGCGCUUUCAUUACUGAGGCUACAGAAGAGGAAGAGGUGUUUCCUAUGGAAGCUUUCGAGGUGAAAGACUGUGAAGAUCAAAAAGACUGUCAUGACAGAUGCCGCACAGAGUGGGACGAAAUAACCAGCGAAGGAGACCUGAAUUUCGAGCUUCCCGACGGCAAGACGGUGGGCCAGAGUAUGUGUGACGACCUGGCUGAGGAGGGUAAAGACGUCGUUGGGCCAACUGAAGUGUACUUGUACGUGCGACUCUGUGAUGGUCCGUGGGAAGAUGACGGUGAGGCCACUAAGGAGAUGCUGUGUUGUGAAGCAGGUCAACACGAGCCCUGCGAGUAAAUACCAAUAGACUUUUAAAGCAAGAAACAACGAACUAAAAUGAUUACUGCAGCAAACUAUUUAACAUUCGAGAAAAUGGUCAUCCACACACCUACUUUCACGUAUUUGCUAACCUUAACAUUGAACUGAAACAAAAUGUGCAGUUAUCAUUCUACUCUGGCCACUACUACACCCUGAAACUUGUUGUUAUUGAACUACACAGAUUUACCUUCUCUUAUUUAUUACCAGAGGAAGUUACUCAGAGGUUCUUGCAUCUAAUUACCCAAAAAGGUUUUUACUCGAGCACUUAAGUAGCUUGUUCUAAUUACCAAUGAAGUAGUCCUGGUCAAGGACCCAUAACAUGUAUUAACAUCAAUAAAACCAUAUGAAAAA